AUGGCGAUGAAGAGAUUGGUGUGCUUGGAAAAGAAGUUGGACAAGGAAUCAACACUGCCCAAGGCUUUCAACGAGAAGCUGCGAGAGUACCAGGAAAAGCGAUACAUUAGAAAGAUGUUACCAUCCGAGGUCGACGACAGCCACUCUCUGAAAAGCAACCAGCAGUCAACCAUGGAGGAAGCGAAGGCCUACGUUCAUCAGCGCGGACAGGUAAAGGGUAAGGUCACCGCAAUCUUCAAUAGUCUGGAGAGAGCGGAGGACGACCCCUCUCAGGUGAGUGUCCCUUUGUUUAAAGUUUAUUCCAAAAAGUUGGAAACACAUUAUGCGGAAUACUCCGCUUUGCACAAGGAAGUGUUGAGGCUCGUUCCUCCAAGUAAAUUCGACGAACAAGACGAGAAGUUGAACGAGUUUGAUCGUCUUCAUACAGAAACGCUUGUUCGUCUGGAAGGUUUAAUGGAAGCUUUCCAAAAGAAACCUUGUGAUUCGACCACUGCUUUGCAGACUGAUUCUUCCAGAAUCAUUGUUCAGCAGGCACCGCUUAGGGCUCCCAUCCCAACAUUCGAUGGGAAAUAUGAAAAAUGGCCUCGUUUCAAGGCGAUGUUUGAGGACAUCGUCGGUAAAGGUGCAGAUUCUGAUUCCAUUAAACUGCACCACUUGGAAAAGUCCUUGAUUGGUGCCGCUUCCGGAAUCAUUGAUUCCAAAACUUUGGCAGAUAAUAACUACAAACACGCGUGGGAAAUUCUUAUCGAACGGUACGAAAAUCCUCGCGUUAUAAUAGACACUCAUAUUUCGGAACUCUUGAGUAUGAAGAAAAUGAACAGGGAAUCUCAUAAGGAGUUAAGGGAGUUGGUGGAUACUUGUACCCGAAACAUUGAGGGUCUCAAGUUCAUGAAACAGCCAGUGGACGCAACUGCUGGAUUGAUCGUUAACAAAAUUUUGGUGUCUUGCCUUGACCCUGCAACACGAAAGCAGUGGGAACGUACUCUCAAUCAUGGUGAUUUGCCUGAUUUGGACGAUACUUUGUUGUUUCUGAAAGAUCAAUGUCGCGUUUUGGAGCGGUGUGAGGUGGAUAAUCCCUCAUCCGCUAAAUCUCUACCGGGAAAGUCAGCUCAGUCUAAUGCUAAACCUGCUAGCGUCAAGGUUCACUCGGCAACGCCGGACGCUAGUAACGAGUCGUGCAGUUUUUGUGGAAUGUCGCACUUCAGCUAUCAAUGUCCUGAGUUUCGAAAGCUAUCCGUCUUGGAGCGUGUUAGUAAGGUGAAGGAAUCUCGUUCAUGUUUCAACUGUCUUCGUCGUGGGCACAAUUCUGUCGAUUGUUCGUCCAAAAAUCGUUGUUCCAAAUGUGGUAAGCGGCAUCACUCCUUGCUGCACGAUGAUGGGAAGAAGCCUGAUCAAAGUGUAAGUCUACCCGCCGCUUCUCCGAAGCCAGCUGAUGCCGUUCAGAAGCCAGUUCCUGUGUCACCUCAGGCCUCGAAUACCGAUUCAGUCCAGUCGGCUACCGUGUCUUCGUCGUGUUCGCAGAGCAUUGCACUCCCAAAUGUUUUGUUGUUGACGGCUAUGGUGCAUCUGCUCGACAAAUUUGGUCAUCCCGUGCCUUGUCGAGCCUUCCUUGAUUGUGGGGCUCAAACGAACUUGCUUUCUACCUCUAUGUUUGUGAAGUUAGGGUUUGAUGGACUUCCUGUGAAUGUCGAUAUCGUCGGCGUCAGCUCCACUCGCAGUAAGUCUAACUGUCUGGUCGAUGUGAGCCUUCGUUCGCAGUACAGCGACUAUCAAACGACUCUCCAGUGCUUGGUCACCGCGAAGAUCACUAAUCCGUUGCCAUCAAGGCCAAUCGACAUUUCUGAGUGGAAUAUUCCCUCCAAUAUCAAGUUGGCCGAUCCUAAUUUCAAUGUUCCAGACGCAGUAGACUUACUGAUCGGGAUGGGUCAUUUUUUUGAGCUCUUGAAGAUAGGCCAUAUCGUUCUUGCUGAGGGUCUUCCCGAGUUGCGUGAAACUGAACUAGGAUGGGUGAUCGCUGGUGAAAUCCGUGAUGAAGAACCGGCUUUGGUUAACGUCACACAGGUGAAUUGCGUUGCUAUCGAGUCGCUCAACGAGACAGUCAAGCGUUUUUGGGAGAUCGAGGAGGUUGAAGUUUGCUCUGCUCCCACAGGAGAAGAAGAAGAGUGUGAGGAAUCGUUUCGUAACUCGUAUCGACGUGAUAUCAACGGUAGAUAUGUAGUGAAGCUACCGAUCCGUGAAAAUGUACACGAACUCGCUGAUAAUCGUUCAUUGGCCCUCCGUCGUUUUUUCUUUCUCGAAAGACGGUUGCUGAAAGAUCCUGAGCUCCGUCUGCAGUACUCCAAUUUCAUCGAAGAGUACAAAUCCCUCGGCCACUGCAAGGAAGUUGUCGAGGCGAAUGAUGUCCCUGGCAAACUGAAGUACUAUAUGCCGCAUCAUGCCGUCUACAGGCCGUCGAGCACAAGCACAAAAAUAAGGGUUGGGUUUGAUGCGUCGGCGAAACCCGUGUCUGGGGUGUCUCUCAACGAUGUGUUGAAGAUAGGUCCCGUCGUUCAGAAUGACUUGAUGUCAAUUCUGUUGCGAUUUCGUAAACAUCCUUUCGUCUUUACCGCUGAUAUUCAGAAAAUGUAUCGGCAGAUUUUGAUUGAUCCUGAACAAACCUCGUUGCAGAGAAUUUUCUGGCGGUCCAACCCAAUGGAUCCCAUCAAGGUUCUCGAGUUAGUGACUGUUACGUACGGUACUUCUGCCGCUCCUUUCUUGGCUACCAGGUCCCUAGUUCAACUGAGUGUCGAUGAAGGAGCCGAUUUCCCUCUUGCAGCUCGCGUGAUUCAAGAGGACUGCUAUGUUGAUGAUGUGUUGUCGGGAGCGAAAACCAUUCAAGAAGCUAUUGAAUGUCGUCAACAGCUCCAAACGUUACUAGCCAGGGGUGGUUUUCCGGUGCAUAAGUGGUGCGCCAACGACGAAGCGAUUCUUCAGGAUGUCCCUGAGGCUGAGCGUGAAAAACUAGUUCUUCUUGAUGAUCUGUCGGCAAAUGAAGUGAUGAAGACUCUCGGAUUAACGUGGAAUCCGAGGAGCGAUGAGUUUCUAUUUUGUCAAUCCCCUUCGUCCGAAGAGUCAGCUGUGACAAAGCGUCAGCUGUUCUCCGAAAUUGCGAAAAUGUUUGACCCGUCGGGCUUACUUGCUCCAAUAACCGUUCUGGCUAAGCGUUUGAUGCAGCAAACCUGGGCUGCGAAAAUUGGUUGGGAUGAGUCUCUCUCUGACGACAUCCUUAGAGACUGGUUACAGCUUCGCAAUUCUCUCGCAUCCGUUCGCGACAUCGAAAUUCCCAGACCAGUAACCGGUCCCGCGUAUGAGUCUCUUGAGCUACACGGGUUCGCAGACGCUUCAGGAAUAGCGUACGGUGAUUGCCUGUAUGUUCGCAGUAUUCUUCCAAAUGAUUGUUGUGUCGUCAGGUUGUUGUGUAGUAAGUCUAAGAUUGCCCCUCUGCAAGAGUUGACAAUCCCUCGAAAGGAACUGUGCGCAGCCGUGCUGCUGUCCAGGUUGGUGAAAAAGGUUCAAUCGACGUUGCAUGUUCAGUUCUCUUCCGUUUGCCUUUGGUCGGACAGUCAGAUUGUCCUCUCGUGGCUGCAGAAGGCGCCAGCGAAACUGCAGCCAUUCGUUCAGAAUCGUGUGGUGGAGAUAUCAAGGGAAUGUGGUCUCUACAAAUGGUGUUACGUCCGGUCCAAAGACAACCCGGCCGAUGUGAUCUCCCGCGGCCAGCUCCCACGUAGUUUGAAGGAAAACUCGCUAUGGUGGGAAGGGCCUCCUUUUCUCCAAUCGAAGAUAUACGAAUCACCAGUUCUUGAUCAACUGCCUGAUGGCUUGAUGCCUGAAAUGAAACCAGUUUCGAUCGUGGCAAUGCCCGUAGUGAAUUGUGACAAUCUGCCACUCUUUAAGAAAUUCGGAUCUCUACGUAAACUGCAGCGUGUUCUUGCCUACGUUCAGCGAUUUUUGAAGAAUUGCCGUACCAAGAAUCCGGAGGAUCGUGUCAAGUGUAAAUAUCUUACCGUCCCCGAGCUUCGAUCUGCUCUCCAUACUAUCGAUCUGGUUAUUCAACGCGAAUCUUUGUCCGAUGAAAUCGAAAAAGUGGAGAGCGGCGAACCGUCUAAACGGUUGAAGACUCUCGGCCCGUUUCUGCAGAACGGUGCCUUACGAAACAAGGAGAUUGCCUGGCACUUUAUUCCGCCUGACGCCCCUGAAUUUGGUGGAAUGUGGGAAGCUUCAGUGAAAAGCGCGAAGUAUCACUUGAAGCGUAUCUUCAAGGGAACUCCGUUAACCUUUGAGGAGAUGUAUACUCUAUUAACGCAAAUUGAAGCGGUCUUGAACUCGCGACCGCUUUUUUCGCACUCAGACGAUCCCGCUGUGGGUGAGGUCAUCACCCCAGCUCAUUUCCUCAUAGGCCGCCCUCUAACGGCCGUACCGGAGCCUUCCUACGAAGGUCUCAAUACAAAUCGUUUGUCAAAAUGGCAGCACCUGCAGCAAAUGCGGGAACAUUUUUGGAGAUCGUGGGUGCACGAUUACCUCGUUAGUCUCCAACCAAGAGGGAAGAACUUCGUUCGCUUUCCAAACGUUUGUCCUGGAGCUAUCGUUCUGUUGGAAGACAAGACACUUCCGCCCCUGCAGUGGAAGUUGGGAAAAAUCGUCCAGGUGUAUCCCGGGGAAGAUAAUCUGGUCAGGGUAGUUGAUGUCAAAGUGGGAAACGCUGUGUACAGACGGCCGAUUACUAAAAUUUCUAUUCUUCCAAUAGAGGACAAUAAUACCGAUGGGGGGCCUCAGGGUUCGAUCGACAACCGCCCGGGGGAUGAUGUUCGCAAUAGCGAAGAUUUGUAG